AAUUAAUUCUAUAUAAACAGCAUUGCUAUUGAAAGUAGGUGAUUUAGGGUUCGAGAGAGAUGGAAGACGAUUAUUAUAAGAUACUGAAUGUAUCUAAAACCGUCAAUGAUGAGGAUCUUAAGAAGGCAUACAGAAAUCUUGCGAUGAAAUGGCAUCCUGACAAGAACCCUAACAACAUGUAUGAGGCCGAAGCCAAGUUCAUUCAAAUCUCUGAAGCUUUUGAAGUACUAGGCGACCCUCAGAAGAGAUUGUUAUACGAUCAACAUGGUGAAGAAGAUUUGAAAGAAACGCCAACAAGUGAUGAUUCCAAAACCGAAAAUGGGUUUAGUGGUCGAACAGCUGAAGAUAUAGAUAUACUUGAAGAAUUUUGUAGUCGUUGUGGCUUUGAUUUUGAUACAAGUAGAGGUGGAAGAAACGAUAAUAGUAAUGUUGAUAACAGGUUUAAAGGAUCCACCAUGUUAAAGAAACCGCCACCUGUUGAGAAUACAUUGCCUUGCAGUCUUGAGGAAUUGUAUAAUGGAUCGACGAAGAAGAUGCAGAUUUCAAGAACAUUUGUUGACAAAAAUGGACAAUUGACACUAGUAAUGGAGACAUUGACGAUUGACAUAAAGCCCGGGUGGAAAAAUGGAACCAAGAUCACAUUUCCCGAUAAAGGAAACCAACAAAAAGCUAAAGAGCUUCCAGCUGAUCUUGUGUAUGUAAUCCAUGAGAAGCCUCACCAAGUCUAUAAAAGAGAUGGAAAUGAUCUUUUUGUUAACUAUAGGCUUACAUUAGCAGAAGCACUUAAAGGAACCACAAUCCAUAUUACCACACUUGAUCAACGAGAACUUGCGAUCGAAGUAAAAGACAUUAUUACCCCUGAAUACGAGCUUGUUGUUAGCAAAGAGGGUAUGCCGAUUCCUAAUGAUCCCGACUCUCGAGGGGAUCUAAAAGUCCGGUUUGAAAUCAAAUUUCCUAAAAAAUUGACAUCACAACAGAAAACCGCCUUGCGUCAUGCUUUGGGUGGCUAAUUAUAGUUAGGGCACAAGAUUGGAUGGGAUUUCACAAGGCC